AUGACUAACAGUCGCCGGACUCAGAACACUCAGAACAUGUCGAUCCAAAACGAGUCCGACGAGCCUUCCACGCCCACACGGCCCUCGGCGGGAUCUCCCGCCAACGACAAACUUGAAAAUGCCACCGCCCCAAACCAGAACGGCGCGCCCGGCGAUGCCCCAGCUACUGCGACUACACCCAAGAGCGCACCCGCCGCCGGCACUCGACAGCGCGCAUACACAAAGGGCGAGGGUCCGCCACCGACCCUUCUCGUCGACUUCCUCAGGGGACGUCCCUCGCCGGCGAGACUAGCUGCCCAGAGACAGCGCCGGAUGAGUGUGGACGCCGUCAAGGCGGAGAUCAGGCAGGAGAUGAAGCAGGGCGCGGUUCAAAGGCUCCAGCAGCCGGGCGGUGUACGGGAUCGGGUCAAGGCGUGGCAGAAGUCUAAUGCCGCCGCCAUGGCUGCAGGCGACCCCAUGGCCACGCCUAGCGAGCCGACAGAGGUUGCCUUCCCGGACGAGACCAGGAGCGUGACCGAAGACGACAGGAUGCGCAUUAAGAUGAGGAAGAAGAAGCGCGACCCGCCCAAGAUCGUGGUAGAACAACCGGCCCCAACUCCCGCGCCGAAAUCAGCUAGCUCAGGCGAGACGAAGCCUGAAAGCGCAGAGACGGUCAGUCUGCGCAAGAAGACGCCGCCCAAAAGAGGGUCUCCGGGAGUGGGCGAAGAAGGACGGAUCCCCCUAGACGAUGGUAUCCGCGUGCGUCCUAUGUCUGGCCCGGCUAGGACCGAUAAUGACCGGAAGAAGGGUAGUCGGAAACCGUCCAAGACCCCGCCGAGCGUUGUCCACAGCGUGGCCCCCAGCAUAGCGCCUUCCCUCUCACUGCGAGACAGGUCACCAUACGAUUUGAUCGACCGAGGCAAGGACGCAGAAAGUAGCGCGGUGAUGACCAGUAUCGCAGACGAGCCGAACACCCCUUCACGGCGCAAAGUUUCCAAAUCCACGCCCAAACUUGGCCAAAAACCAACCUCUGCGCCUACCGAGAUCACACAAACAACGCAGACAUCCAAGACCACCGAAACGACGGAAUCAACAGAGUCUACGGAAACUGAUCUGCCUGAAAUGGCCGGGGGCAGGUCGCCUGGCGCUUCUACCAACGGCUCUGGAGAGCUUGGGGAACAGCCAUCGGUCAUUGAGUCCAGUGGCCCCACUAUGGCUGAAAUUCCCGUUGGGAAAUCUGCUUUCAGUGAGCUAGAUCUUCCGCUUGGGGCGGACGCGCGGAACAGUACCAAGAGGCCGAAACCCCAGCGGAAUCCCAGCCUGAGCGCGGUGCCAAAGGUGUUCAAACGGGUUGUGAGUGAGGGCAAGAAGAUGAUGCAGCCCGAGCCACAAAGGCCAGUAGGCGUCAACAAGCCCCCGAGCAUCGAGACCUGGCUCACAAAUACCGUGGAUCCCUUUGUCGAUGUACCCGCCAAUGGAGAGGCCCCCAACCCUAUCAAGAGGAGGAAGUCGGCCGAAAAGAAAUGGGCGGCGGAUAAUCAGACGAGAGGUGCCGCCACCGUAGACGACACAACGCCAAAGAAGGCUUCCCCUCAGCCAGAACCGCCCCACGACGAGGACGAGGAGAACAAAACCCCCAAGGCCUCCGAAAAACGAAAAUCGGUUGACGCCACAACAAAAACCCCAGGAAAGACGCCUCCUUCGAGCGGCCUGAAGAGAAAGGGCGCCACGAGAGGUGUUGCCUCUCCGCUCAAGGUUAGCCUCAAGAAGCCUUUCCGUGAAGCGCUCAAGGAGGCAUUCAAGGGCCAGUCAAGCAACCAAAUAUUUACCCAAACAAGCUACGAAAGUCGCGAGGAGAGGACUUACAAGGCCAUUGAUUCCGAAGUGUCGUUUGAGGAGGAAUGCCGCGACCCACAGUGUCAGUGUCAACAACGGCAACAUGAGGACGAUGGUUCCAGAAGACGGUCACGGUCGCCUGAUUCCUUCGACAGCCGAGAUUUUGAAGACGACCGAACGACGUCGUCCUCUCUACCCGAACCGCGCAGAAGACCACCUACUAACGGGUUCCACGAGCUCUCUACCAUUGUAUCAGAAGAGUCGUGCUCCUCUCAUGAUAACGAAACUAUGUCGACGGUGUCACAGACCACUGUUACGCAGACAACCGUUACGAGGGAUUCGGAGCUAUCGAGGCGGUCAAGCCAAAAGCCAGGGUUGAAGCGAAGGCUUACAAAACAUUCGGAUUUGGUGUCGGUCCUUUCCGUGCCCGAUGAUAAGAGCGUACCUCUGGGUGUUAAGAACGCGAGAUCACGGCCCAGCGUGAGGCGAACCCGCAGCAAGCGCAGCACCGUCACGACUAACGACCUCCUCGGGGAGUUUGCCGACGACGAGACCUUUACCACCGAGAACUCAAGACCCUCGUUGACGGCGUCAUUCCGUGACUACCUGGACGCGUGGAGGUUAGGGUUCGAGAACCUCGUCGUCAACCUGGCGCCCGCCUCCGACGUACCCGACGAUCAAGACUCGCUUCUCAACGCCCUCCCUAGGAACGCAGACGGCGAUAUCGUAAAUGAGGAUGGAGAGCGAGUCGAUGUCGCGCAUCUCCUGAGGAGGCCCAUCGCCAGGAUUAAAACUCUAACCAGCUUCGUCAGGGCACUCCACGAUACUAUUGGCUCGGAUGGUACGGCAUCCCUGGUUGGGUGCUUCGCGUCCCUCCAGGACAAGGCGCGCAAGAGGCACAAGGAGGAGCGUGCUCGCGUCACGGAUGAAGAUGCGGCGAACACAGACACCACCAGAGCUCGAGAUCUUCGCACACUCGCAGCCAUGGGGUACAUCAAGAUCGAUGCUGGCCUCCAGGUCAGCGCCAAGGACGUCUUCAGUGCUGAUAAGGCAGAUUGGCGAGGGCCAGAGGGCAUGGCUUUUAUUCCCGCCGAUGCCGAUGGGAUCUUUAUCGGCGCGCAAGCUCGAUGGCGGGCGGGAACUGAUCGUGAUGGUCCGGGAACCCACAACGGACAGAUAUGGAGGGAGCUCCUGCGCCUCGCAGCGGAUGACGAGGGGCAGAUUGACGAUUGGGUAGACAUUCUGGGGACUCUUCCUCUGCCGCCGCUCGAACUUGAGCCAGUGGCCCCAGUACCCGAAUGCGGGUCGCCACGGUCGAUGGCGAUCGACGUUCCUCUCGGCGCGCAGCGAUCGCUGGAGGACGGGCAGAGCUCUCCCAACAGGCCGCUCUCGGAGCCCACCACGCCGACAACUCCCACGACACCAACCCAGGCCCUGGUUCCUAGCCGGUACCACUCUCGCGGGCCCCCGCCCUCGUAUCAACUUGAAGUUACCGCACCUCAGCCUCCGACUCAUCGUGAGCCGCUGAUUCCUCGAGAAGACGCGCAGGAUCCAGCCAAGCCCAACGCAACGCCAUACAGAUCGGACGGGGCCCCACCACCACCGAUCCAUCGCACGUUUGUAGCGCCCAAGUCCAAGUCCAAGUCCUCGACGCUGCAGCCGCCUGCCAACGGACGGGUGAAGCGCAAGACUUCGUCGCCGCUGAAGCACGAGUAUCUACCCUCGGAAGCUUCCUCCGAGGCCGAGGAAGAGGACGAUUCGUUUAGCGAGUCUGAAGAGGAUGAGUCCGACAUGAGCUCGGAGAGCGACUCGUCGGGCGACGACAUCGAUAGCGUGGAUAUUCCCGACACGGAGGUGGGCGUUAGCAUCAAGCACCCUCACUCGGAGGUGACGGAGUCGCUGGUUUCUGACGCGAGCCUCACGCCUUCCAAUUCUGCGUCUCAAGGUGGGCUCCACCGUGGAGACCAUUACAGGCAGCAGGUCCAAACCGAAGAAUAUCAACAGGCCACUUAUCAUCAACCCCAAGAAUACCAGACCCAGUACCAAGAGCCAUACCAUCAACCGCAACAGCAGCAGGAGCAGCAACAUCAACAUCAACAUCAACAGCCGGGCCUUGUAGAACUCACCGAUGAGGUCCGGUUCGUAUGCUCGGUCUCACACUGGCAUGACAAGCGGGGUAUCUGGAAAGACCUGUCCAGCCACAUGUGCUCCGUCGUAGUCUCGGACGGCAUGAUGGAAGCGUUCUCGCUCAAGUCGGGUAGGAGCCCAGGAACGGACAAGCCGCUGAUUGCGCUAGACUUGACGCCCGUCGUGCUCGUACGUAAGAGCAACGCCCUAGACCUAGAGGUGCGGACGGCGGUCCUAGGCCAGAGCAAGAUCACAUCGAUUAGCGGGGGCACGUUCCGAUUCCGCAACUCCACGCAGGAAGAGUGCCUAAACCUGUAUGCGGCGGUACAUGGUGCCCGGCUCAAGAACGAAAAAUACAUGCAGCUGGAGAACGAGAUGCGCUUCAAGAGCUUCGGGGAACGACGUGUCGGGGAUGGUGAUGAGAACGGAGGGCGCCGCGCGAGGAACUGGUUUGGACGCAAGAACAGCUACAGGGCGUCGGCGCGGGCGCCUGCGCGAUCGGUGGACGAGGCAAGCACGGCGGCGUCAUCGUCCAUGUCGGCGACGAGCUUCCUCAAGAGGCUGACGGGAGGCGCGAAUCUCUCGUUCAACAUUGGGCGGUCGUCGCUCGAGAAGCAGAACGGAGGCGGAGCGAUGAGCUUCUACACGUCGGGAUCAUCGUCAGCGGGGGCGAUUAGCAGCGACAACGUGCCGAUUCGGCUGCACCUCCUCGUGAGCGCGAGCAAGUGGGAGGACUGCGGUAACUGCCGGUUGCAAGUGCGCCGACCGCCCGAGGGGUGGCGGCAAGAGCUGCGGGCCAACCACGGACUGGAGAAGCGGGUGACGGUGACGACAAUACCCAAGAAGCGAGACGGGUCGGAGGCGCCGCGGGUGGUGUUGGACGCGGUGCUGGGCAGCGGAUGCUUCACCACGAUGGGCACGAGGGGCAUCAUCUGCUCGGUGUGGGAGGAGAUGAGGGACGAGCAGGGCCGGAUGGGGCACAUUCCCCACACGAACAACCCGGGAGGCAGCGUCAAGAAGUGGUGCUUCCAGCUGUCGGGCGUGGCUCAGGCGAGCUGGUUGCUGACGCUGUUGCAUGAGGAGGUUGUGAGGGCGUAA